GCAAAAGCCUUACUCAUCAUGACUUUGUUGCUCUUCACAUGCACCAUGGCAUUCAGAGCCAAGUCAAGAUCAAAGCUAAUGACUUCUUCUCAAUUAGGUGAUGAUCAUUGCCCAACUGAUGUGUUAAUGACCUGCGGUUACCUCCAAGGCCGGUAUAACCAAGGACACUAUGAAGAGGUUGGAGGACUGUGUAACAUGAGCGCUGAAUUCUGCCAUUGUUGUUCUGCUUGUGACGAACCAGAAGUUAGCCCUUACUCCAACUGCGAAUAAAGAGUAUGAGAAUACAAGACCUAGGGAGAAGCCUUACCUCUAAUAAGAUGGAUGGAUCAAUUCCUGCAUCCUUUCUUUAGAGGUAACCUCUUCCAUAUUAUUGCUAGAAAUA